CCAGGCGCAGUGAGGAAUCCGCUCCGCAGCGUACCCAGCCGCGAGAAGAGCCGCCCCGGUCACCUACUAUGUCACAGGCAGAUGAAAGCAAGCAGCAGGUGGAGCCAACAAGCGACAGCAAGCAGCCACAUCAAGCCACCCCCGAAGGCAGUCCCCGGCCAGGACCAGGACACCCUGGACACGGACCAGAACGGCCGACCUGGCGGAAGGCGGCAGGAGCCCGGAGGACACGGGGCAGGUGCUGUGGAGUUGUGCAGUCCUGGAGUCACCCGGGAAAGAAGAUGCGCUACUAGAGGAGCGUGUUUGCUAGCUCCGGGCCCACGUGGGCCCGGGUCUGGGUCCUGAAAGGCCCCCCUUCCUUUCCCUAGCCUUCCCUCCGUCCUCCCUUCUUUCCUUCCUGCUGGGUACCAAAUCAUUGUCAGACUGAGGUCUCCGCCCUGGGAAGGUAGAGUUCUUUGAAUGCGAUGUCUGGGCGCCAAGGAAGAAAGGGAAAGAAAUGUGGCGAGAAAAUUGUUCACUGAUGAGCUCAACUGGGAUACAAGCAGAAAGUACCCCCAAAAGACUAUUUUGCCAAAUUUGGAGAGAUUGUUGACUAUUGUAAAAAUGGAUUCCAACACUAGAAAUCAAGAAGGCUGGGGCUAAAGAUGAAGCCAGGGUGGAGAAGAAUUGAGGCCUCACCAAUGGACCUGAUUGGUUUUGGUUAUGCAGCCCUUGUGACGUUUGGAAGCAUUUUAGGAUAUAAGCGGAGAGGUGGUGUUCCAUCUUUGAUUGCUGGUCUUUUUAUUGGAUUUUUGGCGGGCUAUGGAGCUUACCGUGUCUCCAUGGACAAACGAGAUGUUAAAAUAUCACUAUUUACAGCUUUCUUCCUGGCCACAAUAAUGGGUGUGAGAUUUAAGCGUUCUAAGAAAAUAAUGCCUGCUGGGCUGGUUGCAGGUUUAAGCCUCAUGAUGAUCCUGAGACUUGUCUUACUGUUGCUGUGAGCAUCCAGAAGAACCGAAAACUAAAUUCCUGUCAUUCUACUGUAAUGGGCAGAGUAUUCUUUGUACUUAAAAGAUAAAUUUCAAUAUAGAAUGUCAAGUCUCUUAUUUUAUGUCAGAAGCAAAAGUAAUACUGUCUCCUCUAAGAUGAAUAAAAGUUUAAGGUAGUUUUUUUUUUUAAAAAAAAAACAGCAAAAAUUUAAACUGUUUCUAUUUGUUAAGCACUGUUUUCAUUAAAGGUGUUUAAUGAAUCCCGAUAAGCUCUUUCACUUGCUGUGGCUAUUUUUAUAUUUGUAAUAUUGUUUUUGACAGUUCCAAAUACUGAUGACUCAAGUUUAAAUUAAACUACAACUUAUCCAAUAAAGGAAUUUCCUAAGUAGACUUCACAAAAUACUAACUUAGAUGUUUGUUACUUGUGCUAUAUCAGAAAUUUUAUUUUUUUUCCAUUUUAAUUGCAUUUAAUUUCUGCCAGUGUUAUUUUUUUCCUUUAAAAGAAUUCCGUUCUGGAUAUACUCUAACAGAAUAUAUCAGUAUUCAAAUAAAAAAAUAAAAAUGUCUUAAAAAGUU